CCACCAUAUGAAACACCAGAUGUAAAAACUACAUAUAAGAAAAUUAAAUAAAACCAAUAUUCAUUUCCUGAUAGUGUACCUAUAUCAGAUUCGGCUAAAAACUUAAUUAUUAAAAUUUUGAAUUUAAAUCCUUCCCAAAGACCCAGUUUAGAUGAAAUUAUGGCACAUCCAUUUAUAAAUGGACAAGGUUAAAUACCAAAAAUACUACCAACUUCUACUUUAACAUGUCCUCCUUCGGCUUCUUUUACGAAAUAAUUUCUUCCUUAAGGAAAUUGUUUGAAAAUAAAUUAAUAACCGAUAAGACUUAUAGAAAAUUAUAAUAAUUAAUAAUAAUCUAAAGGAAAAACACAUAGUGCAGUAAAUAUAAAAACUAAUAAAUAAUUAAAUUCAGAAUCAAAUAAUAUAAUAGAAAAUACAGAAAAUAUAUAAAAAGAUAUCAAAUUCUUAUAAACACAUAAACCCUAAACUACUACAAAUAAAAAUAAUAAUAAUAAUUUCUUUAAAUCCACAAAUAAUACAUAGAAUGCCUUAUAACUAAAAAACUAAAAUAAUGGAGAAAAUAACAUGUUAAAUAUAGGGGGAAUUUAAUAGGAAAAUUAAUAGCCUAUAUGGGUUACUUAGUGGUUUGAUUAUUCUGAUAAAUACGGAUUAGGAUAUAUAUUAUCUAAUGGACAUACGGGUGUAUAUUUUAAUGAUUCUACCAAAAUUAUUUAUGACCCAAAUAGUAAUCUAGUGAAAUAUUUGGAAAGGGUAAAUAAUUAAAAGGACGAAGUUGUUAAGGAAUUUUUCUUGGAGGGAAAUCCUCCCGAAUUAAAAAAAAAAGUGACUCUUUUAUAACUUUUUAGGAAUUAUUUAAAGGAAAAAAUAAUUAAAGAAAAUCUAAGCUAUGAAAAUAUUGAUAUAUAAGGAAAUAAUAAUGUCUAUAUAAAAAAAUGGAUAAAAUCUAAACAUGCGAUAAUGUUUAGAAUUUCAAAUAAAAUUGUUUAAGUUGUUUUUACUGAUAAAACCGAAAUUCUACUUUCUAGUUUGUAAAAAAUUGUUACUUAUGUUGAUAAGAAAGGAAAUAGAUUAAAUUUUCCACUUUCUACGGCUUUAGAUAAUUCGAAUAUGGAAAUGUAAAAAAGACUUAAAUAUACUAAAGAAAUUCUUACUUCUUUACUUAGUAAUUAAAGGAAUAAUAAUGAAAAAAAAAGUUAUGGAUAAAAUAAUUUCUAAAAUCAAGAUAUUGGAUUUGAUUGA